CCGAACACGCGAGAACAUACAAGCAUGACAGCAGUUGACAUUUAACAUUUUGUUUCAUCCGUAAAUUUGCAGUUAAAAAAUUGCUGCAAGGUGAAGAUGAACAUAUUUUAAAAUUGACUUUUUGGUGAAGGGACGUGUUUUAGGAAACAGAGCCCCCAAACCAUUAUUAUAGCUUGGUACAUUCAAGGCAGUCCGCGGGUACAGAGUUCAGAGGAACGCAGAUGGACGCGCGACUAGAUGUGUCACACAAACAGCAGCCGUGCACGUGAAUGAAUGUUUAACACAAUGCUGCGGAUGAAGACACUACAUCUACUGCAGGCACAUAUGUCAUGCUGCUCUGUGGUGCGGCAAAAUGUUCAUCAGCUGGCCUCCAUCAAACAUGUUUGUCUUCUCUCUGAGAGGAGACGUCAGGGUCUUCUGUACCCCUUUAGUGCUCUGAAGGAGCACUUGACCCCACAGGUAGACCAAGCAGAAUUCAAGAUCUUCCAUCCCAGCCUGAACGACCUCUGUCGGGCAGAGACACUGUUCACUCCCUCACAUAAAAACCACAUUGAAUACUCCACUUCAGCAGUCCGGAUGGAUCAUGUACCUGUGCUUAAACAGCCAGAGGUGUGUUUUAUGGGCAGGAGUAAUGUAGGGAAGUCCUCUCUCAUCCGAGCUUUGUUUUCUCUUGCUCCAGACGUAGAUGUGCGCGUCUCUAAAACACCGGGUCACACUAAAAAGCUGAAUUUCUUCACUGUGGGAAAGGCUUUUGCUUUAGUGGACAUGCCGGGGUAUGGACACAGGGCACCACAGGACUUUGUGGAGAUGGUAGAACCUUACCUUCAGGAACGUCAGAAUCUUGUGAGGACGUUCUUGCUGGUGGAUAGUGGUGCAGGACUGCAGAGGGCAGAUUUAGUUGCUGUGGAAAUGUUGGAGGAGUUUAGUUUGCCUUACGUGCUGGUGGUGACUAAAACAGACAGAACUGGACAGGGCGCUUUGUUGACCUUGAUGGUACAGCUGCAGGACUUUAUCAAGAAGCAAACCAGCACGUGUUUUCCACAGCCCUUUUUAGUGAGUUCAGUUCAGUUCUCUGGAAUUCACCUUCUCAGGUGUUUUAUUGUACAUGUAACAGGAAAUCUUCGGCCUACUGCUGAACAAACAUAACUGACAGCAAUGACGGUCUCUCAGGUGCAUCUACUGUAAGGUCAGCUUCAGCUAUGUGAAAUAAAAACAGUUUGCCAUCUGAAAAUCACACCUAAAUGUUUCUUGAAUUUGUUAAGAUCUGGUCUUUGUGUUCUUUAGCAUUGAAUUGUUUGUGCUAAAGAUGUAUUGUUAUUGUGUGUAUUAUUGAGCGAGACGGGACUUUAAACACCUUUUUAGCUGUUUCAAGAUUUUACAUGUUCGCAUUUCAGCAUCACAGAAUAAACUAAAUUGUCCAAAAAUGAGUUUAUGUCAUGUACAGUACAUGAUUUUACAACAUACUUUGGGCAGGUUCCAGAAUUCAUUCUCUUGAUACAGUAUAAAUGAUGUUUAGGAAUUGUUUAUGUUCAAACUGAGUUUGGGCUUGCAUUAAAGCUUUAAACAAAAUUUAGAAUGUGAAAACAGGAACACAUUAAGUUCCAGAUCAGUUGUUUCGACCUGUAUCAAAGUAUAACCUGCCCUACUAAUAAGUAAAAUCUUAAGCGCAAGUGUUGAAGUCAUCAGAUAUGUCACGUGAGCUUUUCAAUGAUUGUCAUCCUUUUGUUCUUAAAAUAAACACUGUGUCACACUGGUCACUAUUCAUACUGAACCCAGGGUUAUUAAUUAAUCCUGAGGAGUCGGGUCUCAAGAUGGGUAAAUUCUGGGUUAAUGUCCUUAUUUGCAUGUUUACAAGGUCCAUAAUAUACAGCAUGCAACCAGUAUGCAAUCUGUCUUAAAAUACCGCUUGGCUAGUUUAUGAAAAGUUGCUACUUAAUUCUGGAUGUUUUAUGAAAGAUAUAUAUAUAUAUAUAUAUAUAUAAAAUAUUCUUGUAAUACAAAUGAGUUAAUUGUACUGUAGAAACAUACUAUGUAAUACAUACAUAUAACAUAAUGUCAAAACAUAUGUAUAUGCUUUACAAUUGUUUUGCGUGAUGAUCAGUCCAAAAUUUGAGCUUUUAAGUUAAUGAUCUCAAGUUUAACUUAUCGACACAAGUCACAGUGUUUAUUACUAGUGCUGUCAAUCGAUUAAAAAAAUUAAUCGGAUUAAUCACACAUUUUCUGUGAUUAAUCACACAUAAUAAUAAUAUUUUAAAAUAUACUUUUACAUUUUAAUAAUUUCACAUUUAAUCUUCAAAUUGAUGUAGAAACAACAUAUUUCUUUAACAGCGUC